AUGUCCUCCCCACUCUCCGCCGACGACGAAGAUAUCUUCGCGCGCCUUCAACAGCGUGCCGAUCCGAAAGUCCUGGAAGAGCAGCAGCAGGCGGUUGAUGAGCGGGCUCGUGCAAUCUACCAGAAAGCGCAGACACGACUCGAGGAAUUGAUUGACCAGAAUUCCACAUUGCCAUGUGCGAUUUCUUCGGUGCAAGUCCAUGGCGCUCACCACACGCGCAGAGGCUUUCUGGAGCGGGUUUUCAACCCUCUCCUAAGCAGUAACCAGGACAGACCCUUUACGCUCUCCGAGGCCUUGCGGGAAGUUUCGGCACGUGCGGACAAGCUCAACAGAUUCGAUAUCUUCCAGCAGCCUGUUUCGGUGUAUUUGGACCAGUCCCCGGGAGUAGACGCGCAGUCGGGUAUACCGACUCUCAGUGUCCAUGUCUCGGCCAAGGAGAAGUCCCGUGUAAUGUUGAAGACGGGGACCGAUCUUGGAAACACCGAGGGGUCGGCCUAUGGUAAUCUUCUUUGGCGCAAUGUUUUCGGAGGUGCAGAGAAUUUGAAUUUGAAUGCCUCGUUGGGUACCAGAACAAGAUCCGCCUACCAAGCCACCCUGGAAACACCGGUUUUCAGUGACCCGGACUUCUGUCUAGAGCUUGGUGGUCUCGCUAGUGCCACGCAGAAGUCUUGGGCAGGCCACGAAGAGGUGCUCAAAGGAGGAUGGACCAAAUUUCGAUGGGCGAGUCCUUCCGGUCAGCGCCAUGAAUUUGGCUACAAUGGUUUCUGGAGACAAAUGACUGGGCUUUCCGAGAGCGCUUCCCCUACUGUCCGAGCUGAUGCAGGCGACAAUGUGAAAAGCAGCGUUUUCCACAGUUGGACCAAGGACCGAAGAGAUAGCCCCCUUCUCCCCUCUCGUGGCUAUUACGCCAAGGCGUUCAACGAGGUGGCCGGUUGGGGCCCUCUUAAAGGUGAUGUUUCCUUCUGGAAGUCGGAGAUUGAAACGCAGGCCGCAGUGCCCAUUCCUAUCCCUGGCCUUAAAGGGGACAGUGGCAUCAGUUUGACCACUGGGUUCCGCGCCGGCCUCCUGUACCCUCUUGGACUUGACAGCGAUUCCCGCCCCCAGCUUUCUCGCACCAAUGACCGGUUCGUCCUUGGAGGCCCUACGGAUGUUCGUGGUUUCCGUCUCUGCGGCCUUGGCCCCCAUGAUGGAGCAGAUGCCGUUGGGGGUGAUGUGUAUGCGGCAGGAAGUGCAAAUCUGCUGUUCCCGCUCCCCAGAGUAGGCGCCGAGAAGCCUCUACGACUGCAGGCCUUCGUAAACGGCGGACGGUUGUUGCCCCUGCGAACGACAGAGAAAAACGCACCUACUUCGAGUACAGAGGUGAAGGACGCCAUGGUUUCCACUGUUUCCGAGCUAGCCAACGGCCUGCCUAGCAUCGCGGCAGGGGUAGGACUCGUAUUCGAGUUGAACUUCUCUUUGCCGCUGGUACUCCGCAAGGGCGAGGAAGGCCGGAAAGGGCUGCAGCUCGGCAUCGGCAUUAAUUUUCUAGAGGCUUACUACCCGCAACAGCCGCCUUACGGCGUGCAGGCGUCGGCGCAGAACCUCCAAUUCUACCCUUCAUCCUAUGGCUCUGUAUCAGGCCACACGACCCCGUCGCAGGCAUCCUAUGGCGCCUUUGGCGCAGCGUCUAAUCCAGCAUCCCAGGCGUAUCCCGCCGGAGGGGUUGGUGGCGGAUAUGGGGGGUUUGGAUCUCCAACUGCGGGAGUUAGUGGAAGGAUGGGCGAACAGGGAGGAUUGAGGACUGGAUGGCUUGCCGCUUUUGGCACAGAGGGCUAUGAGGGAGAGCCGCCACUUCUGGAAGAGCUGGGGGUCAAUUUUGAGCAUAUCCGCACGAAGACGCUGACUGUGCUCAAUCCUUUCGCACGUAUUGACCAACACCUUAUGGACGACAGCGAUCUCUAUGGAGCCCUUCUUUACAUCGUCCUGUAUGGAACGUUCCUAUUGCUCUCUGGCAAGGUCUUUUACGGUUACAUCUAUGGUGUUGCAGUCUUUGGGACCGUUGCUUUGCAUUUGAUCCUCAGUCUGAUGUCCCCGGCCCUGGACACAGUUCCCGUACCCAACACUGCAGACCCCGCCAAUUACUCUCCCCACCACAAGCCCUCUAUGUCCGACGCCUCCGCCGCCGGCCACUUCUCCGCUACUCUGACCUUCCCACGUUCUGCCAGCGUCUUGGGGUACUGCUUCCUCCCACUAGUGCUAACCAGCUUAGUGGGGAUUUUGACCCCUAUGGACACAAUGUUCGGGUAUCUACUAACUACCGCAGCCGUGGGGUGGUGCACGUACAGCUCCUCGGGAAUGUUCUGUGCCGUUGCGCGCAUGCGUGGCAUGAGGGGCUUGGUUGCUUACCCGCUGGCACUGUUCUAUGUUGUUUUUGGGAUCAUGGGAAUCUUUUCAUCUCGUGGGAGCGGAACUUUAGCUGCUAGAACAGGUGCAGCCUAA